CAACCAGAAGAUGGAGUUCGCAGCAGGACCCACAGAAACCGUUUUGCCCACUGCUCUAACCUAUCCGAUAAGUGAUUACGUCGGGACUUGGGGAUUAGCGCCGCUUUUUAAAGAACUUAGCCUUUAGUAGAAUCAGGCAGCUCCAUAUGUGUAUAUCCGGUAGCUUACUCGCUCUAAAAUGCAUUAUGAAGGCUAAGUGAAACUUAACCAGCGUCUAGGACUAAGUUUGCGCUAAGAUUUAUAGGCAGUUAUCGAUAUCUGGCCAAAAUAUGUUAACGCACCUGCAGUUAGCUGUUAUUAGUCUCGGCGCUAAUCUACGAUCCGAUCCGAUAUCUUACCCCUUACCUUCGACGGUACGAUGCUCCUAAGUCGGUAGCACUUUUUACCAAUGGACUUGAUGCGUAACCGCGAGAUCGAGCAGCAGCAGCACGAACCAUGUUCUCUACCAUCACCUCUGCUCCCGCGAAGCAGUCUGUUAGCGAGACAAUAACCGUUCUCAGCGGACGUCUCAGCUCAGCUACCCUUCUCGAAGACCGCCGCGCUGCUAUUCUCGGCCUACGAAGCUUCGCUAAAGAGUAUCCUGCUUCAGUUGCAUCCGGCGCUCUGAGAAGUCUCAUCGGAAGCUUGUCAAAAGACGGCGAAGAUGUCGACACCGUCAAAGUGGUCCUGGAGACUUUGCUAAUGCUUUUCAACCCCAACCAAGAUAGUCCUGAGGCUUCUGAAGAGAUUGCUCUCUGGUUAGCAGACGAGUUCACGCAACGGCAGGAAAACAUAACCUUGCUCUUAGAUUUCCUCGAGACCAACGAGUUCUAUUCACGCCUAUAUUCUUUGCAGCUUCUCCUCGCUAUCCUCUCAGCCCGCACCGAAAGAACCGAAAUAUGCGUCUUUACCGCGCCUCUUGGUAUUUCUAGACUAGUCGCUGUUCUCGACGAUAGGAGGGAGGCUGUUCGGAACGAAGCAUUAACCCUCCUUACCUACCUGACACCUUCGUCCCCUGAUAUUCAGAAGCUCGUGGCUUUCUCAAAUAUAUUCGGGCGGGUUUUCACUAUUAUAGCAGCCGAAGGGUCGCUUUCCGAGGGCGAUAGGAUAGUUGAGGACUGUCUGAUUCUUCUCGCCAACCUUCUACGCCUAAACCCCUCGAAUCAGUCCUUAUUCCGUGAAGAGGCCUAUAUUCCACAGUUAGCAAAGCUUUUAGAGGGCACCUAUCGCACCGGGAAAGAGGGGGAGGAGGAUGUUGCCCAUUGGGCUCAGGAACAGCGCAACAGAAACAUAUAUGCUCUACUCGCAGUCAUCCGCCUCUUCCUCGUGCCUGGUGCUGUAGGAACAUCCCAAAAUCAGGCGGCCUUUUGGCAGCAUGGUGUCCUUUACCACGCUUUACAACUUGCGUUUAGCCAUGAUGCAGAGAUGUCUAUCAGAGCAGAGGCUUUAACUACUUGCGCGGAUAUUAUCAGAGGUAAUUCUAAGCUACAAGAAACGUUCGCACAACUGCAGGUCCCAUCGGUGCUAGAGACGGCACCGCCAACCAACGGGCAGACUGGGAAGGCAAAUGGUAUUCCGGCCGUCUAUGUGAUCGACGGUCUCCUAGAUCUUACCCUGAGCGUAUCUACAACCCAAGCGUUCGACCUGCGGCUAGCCGCAUGCCAAUGCAUUAAAGCAUAUUUCUUCAACCAUCCUGAAGUUCGCCUACAUUUUCUACGCCGAGCAAUCGAGGGUCACGCAUCCGGCGUAGACGAAACAGCUAAUGUUCUAACUACCCUGCUUCGACCGUCUAAUGGCCCAGACUCAGUAGAUCCCUAUCGGCAUUGGUUUGCAGCCGUUAUCACAUUUCACCUGGUCUUUGAAAACGCCGAGGCGAAAGCUCUCGCAAUGUCCGUGACAGAAGGCGAUGCGGAUAGCGGCGAAGAAGUCGUAACAAGCAUUCAAACCAUUACCGCUCAUCUCGUCAGCGGACUGGCUAGAUCCGACGACGACCGUAUUUCUGUGGGUUAUUUGAUGUUGUUGAUAGCAUGGCUCUUCGAGGAUCUUGAUGGGGUCAACGACUUCUUAGGUGAGGGCAGCAACAUUCAAGCCUUAGCGCAAGAAGUUGUACGGCAUAAUUCAAGCAGCAUCAUUGUCCAGGGGCUAUGUGCUAUGCUCCUCGGGGUUGUCUAUGAGUUCUCUACGAAAGACUCACCGAUUCCUCGCUCGACUUUGCACUCUGUUCUCACGUCUCGGAUGGGCCGAGAUAGGUUUAUCGAUAUUCUAAAUAAAUUACGAAGUCAUCCUUUCGUGAGGGAUUUCGAGGUCAUCCCACAGAAAGCAGACAGCGGGGGUAAUUUACCAGAUGUUUUCUUUGACGCGACUUUUGUGGAUUUUUUCAAGGACAAUUAUAGCCGCAUUAUAAGGGCUAUCGACCGUGACCCAGGCAUGGAGAUUUCAGUAGUAACCAACGGUGUUCAGAAAGGCAUAUCUCGUGAGAUGGUAGACUUACUACGAGCACAAGUCGACGAAAAGGAACGAGCGUUACAAGCAGCGCUUGCCGAUAUGGCCUCUCUCAACGGGAAGCUUGGCCAAGAACAAGCUGACCAUCGUCGAACUAAAGAAGCCUCUGCUGCGGAUUUAGCACGGAUAAAGAGUGUCAAUGAAGCCAUUCAACAAAACCACGCCGAGGAAAUCAAAAAAAUCGAGGUACAACAGCGAUCAAGAGAUGAAUCCUACCAAAAGCAAAUAGAAGCUGUCCGGAAAGAGGCAGCUAAAGCUGCGGAUGCCAUCCAUGCUGAGUAUCGUGAGAAAGAAGCAGAAUUACAAAGACAGCUGGAAUAUAUCCGAAAAACGGCUGAUGCCGAGGCGGCACGUAUUCAACGGCGAUCCGAGGCAGAAAUGGCAGACCUUCGAGCUACAAUCAGUCGUCUAGAAGUAGACCUCAUGAAAGCAAAUAAAGCGAAAACCGAAGAACUCCACACCGCCCAAGAAGAAUUUGCUGCCAAGCUGUCAGCUGCACAGUCGAAGGCAAAGGCGGCCGAAGAGCGAUGUUCAAAUCUUGAAAAGCAGCUGGCGCAAAAGGGUAAAGAGUUAGAGAAGUCUCGCACGCAGUUAGAAGAAAAGGAGGAGCAGAAAUCGGCCACUCAAACCGAGCUUGACGAUCUUCUUAUGGUCUUCGGCGACCUGGAAGAAAAGGUUGAGAAGUAUAAGAAACGACUUGUUGAUCUAGGCGAGACCGUCUCAGACGGCGAAGAUGAAAACGACGACGAAGAUGACGAUGACAAUGAUGAUGACGAUACAGAUAACGAAGUGGACUAGGUGUAUUUAUUCGACACGUCCUCAAUAUAGCCCACAGGUAUGUUAAGAUGUUAAGGAGCCUUGUAGUUGGUCCAACAGUCAGGAGUACCGAUACCCUAAUUUAGGAGAAGGCAAUGAGCUUGAGGCAUUGUUCUAAAGUGCUUACCCCUAUCUUAAGUAUCUUAAGUAUCUUAAGUAACUACCUAUUGUACUACGGUGAACACUAGUUUAUAUGCAAAUAUCGCGUAUGAUAUAGCACAUAGAUGACCUAAAGUAUUAUGUACAUAUGUACUUAUCCGUGCCGCUAUUGUACUUGGAUAUUUCCACAAUUAUAAGAAA